AUGAAUAGACAAUAUAUGCGACUGUUCUCCUCGAAGGUCAAAAGUGCAGUGAAGGUUCCAAACAGUAGUUCUUUUCAAAACCGAGCUGUUAAUUUCAGAAAUAAUUUACCAUUCCAUCAAAGAAAGAAAGCAUGGGAAAAGGAUGGAAUGGCUAAAGAUGAAUGGUUUAGAAAGAAAUACGCACAUAUCCAUGCCCGUGAUGGUAAUUCAAAAUCUGGCGAUCCAUAUAAUAAAAGAGCCUCCCAUGUUGCACGUCUGAAGCAGGAAAAUGAAGAUCAAAAAAGGCAGCAUAUGGAACAUAAAUCUAAAUUUCAACGUGAUCACGCAUAUAGAGGUUUGAAACCAAACCCAUUGCUGGAAUAUGUAUAUGGUACAAACAGUGUUUUGGCAGCGAUGCAGGCCAAUAAACGGGAAUAUUUUACUAGACUGUUACAUUAUGGUGUUUUGAACCCGCAGAUAGAGUCGCUAGCUAAACAAUUGGGUGUGACAAUGGAGGAAGUGGAUAAGCAUAGGUUGAACAUAAUAACCAAUUAUGGAGUCCAUAAUAAUAUUGUAUUGGAAGCCAAGCCUCUACAGCCAAGCGAACUCAGUCACUUGGGUUUAUGCAACCCUGAAGAAGGUAAUUUCGAAUAUACAGAAAUGUUCUUGGAUCAACCAACUCAAAAAUCCUCCAUGUUUUUGUCAAAUGGCAAUAAGAAGUUCCCACUGGGGCUGUACUUGGACGAGGUUGUUGAUCCACAUAAUAUUGGGGCUAUACUUAGAAGUGCAUAUUUCUUGGGUGCUGAUUUUGUGGUACUAUCGCGCAAGAACUGUGCCCCGCUUUCCCCAGUGACUUCGAAAGUCAGUAGUGGUGCUAUGGAGUUGAUACCAAUAUACAAUACUGAUAAACCUCUAAAUUUCUUUGAGAAAUCCAAGCAAUAUGGCGGCUGGACAGUUUUAACAACGUGUGUCACGACGGGCACAUCUGUUACACAGAUGGUCAAAAGUAGAGCUAUGCUUUUGGGUGAUUUACCAGCAUUGUUACAAAAAACACCGGUUAUACUCGUGGUAGGAAAUGAAGGCAACGGUGUGCGUACAAAUAUAAUGCAAAGAAGCGAUUUUUUUGUACAGGUCCCGUUUGGACGGGUAGGCGAGAUACAGAGUGUUGAUUCGUUGAACGUCAGCGUCGCUACAUCAUUACUAUUGCAUCAAUUGCUACAAUAA